AUGCUUGCACGCCUAGCCAGCGUGAGCUGGAUGCUCGCUCUCGCUUGCACCAUCUUUACCGCACAACAUGCAGAGGCAACCACCGCCGACCCCAUCUUCUUCAUUCUGAGCCACGGUCGAAUGAAGACAUCCAGAGUGGAUCCCAUCGUCUCUCCCGGUCAGCUUUCAUCGCAUGUUCACAACUUUGUCGGCAUGAACGGUAUCGACGCCAACACCACCACGGUGGAGGCACUGGUUGAAGCUUCGACAUGUACCACCGCUCCUUUGACAGACGACAAGUCCUCGUACUGGGCUCCUCAGCUCUACACGUACAACCGCAACAACACUUUUAGUCCUGUUUCGCUCAGCUUUGUCAACACAUAUUACCUCAUGAGGGGCAACACCAACAUCACGGCUUUCCCACGAGGCCUCAAGAUGGUCGCUGGAAACGCCAAAGCUACAGGACCCGCAGCUACGAAGCAACUGCAGGACAUUGUGACCUUUGUCUGCCUCAACUACGUCAAUGGAAGCAGUGGAGGAGCCACGUUCCCUCAGAAGUCCUGUCCGCAGGGUCUGCGCACCCAAGUCAUGUUCCCUUCCUGCUGGAAUGGGGAGAGUCUGUACGAGAAGGAUAUGUCGCACGUCGUCUACCCAAAGGGAAACUUUGCCGGCAGCGGGCCUUGUCCCGAUUCGCACAAGAUCCGACUACCCACGCUGUUCUACGAAUACAUCUGGAAUGUUGGCAACACCAACAACACAGGAAUUUCAUCUUGGGUGCUUGCGAACGGAGACUCGUAUGGCUACUCGUUCCAUGCCGACUUCUUUGCCAACUGGAACGAGACAACAUUGCAGGACGCCAUCGACACGUGCACAGGCAGUCUGUUUGGUGAUAUCGAAAAGUGUCCCCCGCUCGCGCGAACUGUGAACCGCAAGGCAGCCGGAGCCUGUCGGGGCAAAUCGACCGAGCCGCUUUCGGCUAGCUUUGCAUCCUUACCAGGGUGCAACAUCGUCUACAAUGGUCCUCAUGCUGGUCGCGGGUUAGCUCCAGGCUGCGACCCAAGUAAAGUUCCGGUGAUGCCAGCUGGAGGAGUCGUGAGCAGCGGCGAGGCCAGAAUCAGCAGCGCUUCAACCACCACCAACAGCAUCAGCACGACCACCAGUUCGGCCAGGCUCAGCUCGACUUCGAAGCUUAUGACGUCCAAGUCCAGUACCCGACCUGCUACCACAUUGGCCAUCGAGCCUCGAUCGACAUUCUCAACUAGCAGCCGGCGCGCCAUGACUGUUUUUACCGCCGCCAAGUCGACGAACACAAGGAGGAGCGCUACUUCGACUCGCAAGAAGCAUCGUGCCACACAUGUUGCUCACAUUCACUGA